AUGGCGUUGAACCGCAAGUACGCAGCGUUGCCAGAUCUGGACUCGGCACCAGAUGUUUACGAGACGCCAGAACUGACAGAUGAUACUUCUACAGUUCCUACAACGACCGCGCAGUCCCACUCUGACGACGAAUUCGGCGAUGACCUAGACGACGAUGUGAACGGUAUCUCGCGAUCUCGACUCCGCAUAGACCAAGCAAGAUCUCGUUUCUUGCCCACAGGCGUCGAUGCUACCGGUGUCGACUUUUCUGAUCGUGUGGAUGGCAAGCGCAAAUCAUAUAAGGCCUCGACCAGACGCCAGCGUCUCCUGCAAGACGGCACGGAGGAAAUCGGCGACCUCAGCGACGAGGACGACGAAACCAAUCUAGAGAGGAAAAUCGCACGUUUACAACGCGAAGUCGAGGAGGCCAAAGAAGAAUACGGGAAACGGAAAGAGGCAGCGGCCGAGACCGGGUCAGCAGAGCAGGAGGAAAAGCUCGGGUCGCUCAGCAAGGUUCUUGACGAGAUAUCCAGAACUAUUGAGCCCCAAGUCAGCACCACACACGCCGCCCAACCGGCGUCCCAACUUCCAAAUGAUCUCAAGGAAGCGCCGCAGGAUGCACUAGUGUCAGGGAGCGCUGCAACCUAUACCGUUACCUACGCUCCUACAUACGAACAAAGUCAUGCUCUUGCCAAGGCAGCGGACUUCGAUCGGCGUCUUGUUUUAUUGGAGAAGGCCAUCGGAGUUGGCUCAUCUGCUUUGCCGGAGGUUGAUAUCAACGGAUUGCCUCGAGCAAUUCUGCCGACCCUUGAUGGCCUGCAAAAGCAAAUUACGACUCUGUCCCAAGCCUCAACAUCCAAUUUGGACACAAUUAGUCGCCGAGUACGAACUUUGAUCCAGGAGGCGCAGGAAUUAGAGAAGGCACGCCAAGGAGCCAAAACUGCACAGGAAACGCUAGGCAACGGUGCCACGCCCAGUGAAGAAGCUGAGGCGCCCGAGCAAUUGGCCAAGAUCAACGCUCUCUACGGGACUUUGCCAACCAUUGAGAACCUAGCUCCUCUGCUGCCACCGUUACUGGAUCGUCUCAGAUCUCUCAGGGCGAUCCAUUCCGAUGCCGCGACAGCGAGCGAGAUGCUCGAGCGCAUUGAGAGACAACAGACGGAGAUGGCAACCGAUCUCAAGCAGUGGAAGGAUGGUUUGGAGAAGGUUGAGGAGGCGAUAAAGGAGGGAAGCACAUCUAUGGCGGGGAACAUGAAGGUCAUGGAGGCCUGGGUCAAGGACUUGGAGGGACGCGUUGCGAAGUUGCCAUGA